UAUUUUGAUUUUAAAAUACUUUUAGCAUGCAGAUAUCCCAAACCUGAGAUUGCCAUUGUGAAGCGUGCGAAGGAGGUAUCCUCAGCAGAGACCCCUGAUAGUUUUGAAAAAUUGGAAGCUCAACCACCCACCCCAGGACAGCUGAGAUAUGUAUUCAUCCACAAUGCGAUACCUUUCAUAGGGUUUGGCUUUUUGGAUAAUGCAAUUAUGAUUGUUGCUGGAACCCAUAUUGAAAUGUCAAUUGGAAUUAUUUUGGGAAUUUCAACUAUGGCAGCUGCUGCUUUGGGAAAUCUUGUGUCAGAUCUAGCUGGACUUGGACUUGCAGGCUAUGUUGAAGCAUUGGCUUCCAGGUUAGGUCUGUCAAUUCCUGAUCUCACACCAAAGCAAGUUGACAUGUGGCAAACACGUCUUAGUACACAUUUGGGCAAAGCUGUUGGGGUGACUAUUGGCUGCAUUCUGGGAAUGUUUCCUUUAAUUUUCUUUGGAGGAGGUGAAGAAGAUGAAAAACUGGAAACGAAAAGUUAAUCCUCUUAGAAUACCUAUAAAAAGAUGUAAACUAAUGUACCUCAGUAAUUAAAUAUGCUGUCACAACAUUUAGGAAUUAAGACAGUAACAGUAUAGAUAUGGGAUCAAAUAAUUUAGCAUGUAUUAUGGAAAACACUAACUUAUUGUGGCUUGAUCUUCUUAGGACAUCUUUUUUAAAAAGCUGUUUAGUAUCAUUUUGUGUAAAUUGUUGAAAUGCUCUUUCAUCAGUAGCAGUCAACAUUUUAUCUUUUCUUUCUUUUAUAUUCAUAAUGUUAUUUAAGUGUCAUUGAUGUACUGUAUUGACUUGGGGUUUGCUUAUUUGUUACUUAACAUGUGUACAUGCAUGAAAGCAUUUUUCGUUGUUCCCUGAUAGUUACAUUUCAACCUGGGGAUUUUUCCAAAUUACUGAAGAUGUUUAAUAUCAGUUAAAGAUUUUUUUACCCUCUUUUUGGGAAUAUCAAUUUUGUACUGUUACACAGUAAACAUUUAUAAUCAUAUAAUUUCAGUCAUUUUCUUAACUCGCACAUCUAUUGAAAAUGGAUAUAGAUACAGAUUUUAAGUAUUGUAAGUAUAUAUUACUUAUUUUAAUUUUCUGACUUUACUGUUUUAAGGGCCAGAGGUUAAUCAGAAAGAGCAAUUAUGUGGUCUCCCUGCUACGUGAAACCAUAUAUACUAACAAGCAUACUAUUUUUAGUUGAUUUUUUUUUAACCUUUAGUUUCCCAGUUUUGAAUAAUUACAUGGUGGAUUCCAACUUUUGAGGGGAAGAAGAUGAGUAUUUUAAAGUCUUUGAAAUGGGGAUUGUGGAAUUAGAUUGAACUAAGGGAUUUAAUAUGCUGCUUGGAAAUUAAGAGGCUAAAGCUUUUUUUGAAAAAAGGUAGAAAAUAGGAACUGUCAAGAAGGUUUAUGGUAUAAAUGGUGAAGUUGAAGUGAUGUUUGAAAGGUUAAUGAGAUACAAAUCGUAUUAUUUGGUGAGGUUUUUUUUUUUGUUUCCUCCAAAGAUGUCAUCUUCUCAUCUGAAUGGAAUAAGUCUGAAUACUCCGUACUCAUACUCCUAAUCUCAUUAUAUCUUAUUUAGUGAAUUUUAUUUAUGAAUAAUUUCUUUUGAAGUGAAAACUAGAUAUUUAAUGUUUUGCUUUUUUGCUACAUAGUCCACUCAAAAAUUACAUGAGGAGAAAUCCUUUUUCCCUUUGUUUUUCUUUUUUCUUCUUUUGUGGUAUUUAAAGAGUAUUUUAGGUUGAAGUUACUUAUUUCUAGUCUUGUAUAUCUGACUUAAGUAUAACCAUGUAAGAAUUAUAAAUUUUAGUUUUCUGAACCCUUAAACUUUUUUAGCAUGUGGUCUGUUACACAUACUAAAAAAUUACUCUUACUUGUAACAGCGUAAUUAAAUACAUCAUGGAGGAGAGAAACUUAAAUUAAAAUUAAAAUAAUAUUUUGGCUAUUGAAGUUAUUUGUGUUGCUAAAUAGAUGCAGAGGAUUUACAGCAAUUUUAUUUUAAGGUUUUAUUUAUACAUAAUUACUUUGAACUCUUCAGAGGAGAUACUGUUUCGCAAGGCAAUUUGUCAUAAAUUCUCUCAUGCACUUCAGAAUGAAUAAGUGCCAUCCUUUAAUCAUAGACUUUGAGGGGAGAAAGCAUAAAAAUGUAGCGUAUAAUCUAAAACUAAAUAUAUAACAUGCACAAAUAAUAUGACAUUCUUACUGAAUCAAAUCAUGAUUCUAGAACUUGAGAUCUUAAAUCGAAUUUCGGUUUGUAUCUUCCAUAUAAUAUCCACACACAGAUAACCACACAAAAAAUCCUUUGUAAAAUUUCAGAUUGAUAGGAUUAGAGUGCUUAAAUUUUUUGGGGGGAAAGGGUGGGAGGUAAAGUGUAAGUGCUUUCUUUUGUCCCUAACUUGUGUAUUGAUGGCAGUCCAUUCUGUUUUCUAAAAAUGUAUUUUAUUGUGGUGCUUAACUUCUUAUUAAUUAAAUCCCAAAUCAGAAACCUUGCCUGUGAGUUUAGAAAGGGCUUUUGAUUAUUGUUUUUUCUUUUUGCUCUUGAAAGGAAUCCAGUCCCAGGGAAUUAUUGGUUUAACUGAACAUCUCCAGAAUUAUUUACGGUGUCAAAUAUAUAUAACCUUUACAUUGAAAGAUAAUUUUAAUUUAUGGGCAUAAUAAAAAUUUGAAUCAUUCAGGUAAUUAAUUUUCAAAAAAUGGAGACCAUUUGUCUUUAACUGAAGGUAUAUGUUUUUUAAGAUCAUAGUCUACACUAGUAUGGUGCUUUGCACAAAGUGAUUUCUGAAGAAUGGUUCUUUUUAAGAUAAUGACUUCAUGUGAUCAUUGUUUCAUGUUACUUGCCACAAAGAACUUUAAUUCAGGUUGAAACUGGAACUGUUUGUUUCUCAUAUUAGCUACUUCUCUGUUAGGAGCACAAGAACCAUAGUUAAAUGCAACAUGAGCUACUUUAGUACUGUUUGUUUGAAAUUUGUGUUGUCCAUGUAUUAUGAUUUAUUAACUUGUUGAUGCAUGUAAAUUGGGUGCAUUUUGUUGCCAUGUAUGUUAAAUGGUGACCAAUGUUUUUACAAAGGAAUUGAACGAAAAAAAGUAUCUUUUAAGAAA